AUAUCGUCACACAAGACAAAAUGAAAUGGUGGUUGCAAAAACCCAAGAAUGGCAAAAAUGACAACAAAAGGGAAUAAAACCUCUACUGGCACUGAUGAGGCAAAGAAAGCCUGGGGAAUCUGUGUUACAUGUUUUAGGUAUAGCUAUAUACAAGAUACAUUAUAUCUUUACAGCCAUAUAUCAUAGUAUGUCUCAUGACAGAAUAAAUAGUCGUUGUUGGCUAGUUAAAUUAUUAUCAUUUUGGUUUUAGAGCUGGGAAAAGCCCAGAUGGGUAUCAGUUAUGCCGUAGAGACAAAACAACUGUAGAUCACCAUGCUUCAUGGCGUCAUGAAGAUAAUUUAUUUGAAGUUGUUGUUAAACCAUGCUAUGACGAAUCUGUUUGCAAAGCACAAGAAGAGUGUGAAGGAAACCAGUGUUAAAAGUGGCAGUUGGAUAGAUUCAACAUCAGGUAGGUCUGAUAUAGAACUAUUCCCAGUGACAGGAGUAAAAUAUAAUUUAAGAAAUAUGUAUUAUUAUUCAAGAAAAACCAUGUUAGCUAGUAAUUACAAGUUAGCUAGUAAUUAUUACAGUCCAAAAAAUCCAAUAAAAGAGCUGCUCAAACCACUGAUCCUGUUGUACCCCCCAAAAGUACAGACUGUUCUUUGUUUUGAUAACAAAACUGUUCCAGAACAUGAACAAACUGAUGAAUUGUUACACUCAAAGAUUGGCAGCCUCAUUGGUGAGUUUAAAGAAUUAAAGUUACAACUGACGUCAACGAUAAAAGUAAAAGAAACAGGCCCAAAGCCACUGGUAGCAGUUGAUGCAAAGUGCCUUCCAGAAACUACUGAGCUCCUACUUCAUUGGCCUGAGGUGAAAAACAUUCUUGACUUGGUACAAGUUUGCAAACAUGUCAGGGUUUUUUCUGGAAAUGUAAAAGAAGGAAUUCUCUCAGUGGUUCGGUGCGAGACAUGCUUUGCCUACCUCAACAAUGUCAAGAAGAAUUCUGCAUUACAAGUAUCAAACCCAAUGGCUAUUGCAAGAAAAGGACUUGGCGGGUAAUUUGCUGCUCAAUUGUACAUAUUUUGAUUAAAUGUUGAACCAUUUUUGGCCCAUGUCUGCACAUUCUUACAGUUUUCCUUAUUGCAUUAACACAAUACUAACGCUAGACAAUAAUAUUUACAUUUCCGCUAGUAAUGUUAAAGAGCAUGUUACUUUAGCUGGUGGUCAUGCACAUACGUUUUGAAGCAUUACAGGUACGUUUAAGCUUGUUGUAUAUAAUUUACAAGAAGUUUAAAUUGCAUUAAAAUAGAGGUUCAUUUUCUCUAGGUAUUUAAGAAACCUGGGAUAGAUCUUCCCAUUGACCUGAUUGCAAUAACUGAUCUGGCCAUUAAAUGAAAAGAGCCCUAAUUAGACCAACAUUUCUAAUGGCAUAAGCAAGCUGUUUUAACGGCACUGACUACGGGGUUGUAUAUCGUAUUAAUACUUUUUAAUUUUCUUUGGAUUGAAAUAUGGAUAAUUUCUAUUUUGUCUUUGAAUAGUACCAACGAGAGUGUAAAAAAAAACAGGAAGAAUGAGGUCUCAUCGCUCUUUUGUAUGCCGCUGAAGUAUGGUGCGACAGGCAAAUUGCAAUAUUUUUAUCAACAACCUUGCCUUCUACAAAGCUUCCUCCCUACAUCUAUGUUACAGCUGACAAAUCUACACCAAACAGAAUUUCCAAUCAGGCAGGUACGGUUUGUCCCAUGGUCACAGGUCGUCGGAAGGCAAUUGUGGUAAGCGCCCCAGAGGUGUAUGAGUCAGCUGAGUCGGGUAUUGAUGGUGAUGUCAGUGGAGCUCAUGCACCCGAGCUAGCAACAACAAUUUACCAAAACAUUACAGGUGCAUAUCCAAGAUUCAUCACUCCACGGAGCAUGGAUGGGAACUGUGUGUGA